AUGGACCGGAACGGAAUAAUGCCGCCUCCAGUGAAGAACGACGAUGAUUACCAAACGUCUCUUGACCAGCUAGACCAUUUUGUUGAUAGUCUCACUGUCCAGGAGUACGGUACAAACGAACACAACGAGAACAACAAUAUAUCACCAUUGGGAUUCGAGGACCACAAAGCACCGCCAGUUCUCACUGUGGACACAUCUGACAUUGGUGCGUGGCCAGAAGACCCGUCUUUGAGUGUAAACGAGCUUUCCGAGACUGCUUUGAGUCCCCAGGGCUACAAUGGUCGGGACAGGUCCGAAAGUGUGGGAGGAACCAGUGUCCAUAACUACACCUACCCUUCUCCCCAGGUGUAUCCCGCGAUGUCCACGUCGAUGAACCAACGGUCAAGCAGUAUCAGCAACCAGGGUCGAAGCUACGGUUCUCAAUUUGGAACCUCCUUCAACAACCUUAUCUCUCCCAGCUCCACUUAUGACGGAUUUCUAGACUCGCCGUACGGAUCAUACCAAGGCGCAAGUUUCACUGACUCGUAUUUGAAAUCGCCAAUGAACUCUCCGUCUUUCAAAGCGAUCGGUUCACCUGCCUCGGUCGGCUCCCACAUGAACCCCAAAAAUGCGCUAAGCAAAGAGGGAAAGCUGAACCGUCGCCGAGAACUCCACAACGCUGUUGAGAGACGACGCAGAGACCUCAUCAAGGAGAAGAUAAAGGAGCUCGGGACGCUGAUUCCUCCGUCCUUGUUGAACAACUUCACAAAGUCAAAGAACAAUCCUAAUAAAGAAAUUAAAGCCAACAAGAGCACCAUUCUCACAGAGUCGAUCGACUACAUUGGAUAUUUGAAGGAAAUCAGCCAGAGUCAGGACAAGAAACUGAACAUGUUGCGUCAAAGAAUAGCGGAGUUGUCGUCGGAACCUCCGUCGGGGCAGGACGUUCAACAAUCGCACGCACCAAUCGCCGACGAGCUCAAAGAGUCCUUCACGGUCAGUGACCCUGCUCUGGAAGCAAAGGACGACUUCCAGGAUUUCAAAGUGGAAGACCCUGAAGCUUUCUUCCAAGAACUACUAAAGGGGCCAAACAACCAAAGUUGGAUGACAUAA